AUGGUGGUCCCUUGGCUUUUCCACUCCAUUCUCUUGCUGGCAUUCCUACUGCACAAAGCAGCAGCACAAACGACGGCAUCUCUAGCAAAGCCCGGCUGCUCCCAAUACUGCGGAAACGUUGUGAUUCCUUUCCCGUUUGGAAUCGGAGAAAACUGUUACCUUGACAAAUGGUUCGAGAUCAAAUGCGAGUUUGAGCGCCCGUCCCUGGCGAGUGUGGGGUUGGACGUCCUGCAGAUAACUCUGGCGACUUAUGAAGAAAAACCGGGCAUCAUUCGCGUCCAAUCUCCGAUCAUAUACUCGAACUGCAGCGGUGUGGGAAGUACCAAUGCUUCUGUUAGCUUGGAAGGAAGUCCAUUCGUGUUCUCUCAAACCAAGAACCGCUUCGGCGCGGUGGGCUGCAAUACGCGCGCGUUGCUUAGGGGCGCGGAGUCGACGGUCACUGGGUGCGAGUCAGUUUGCGAAGGAGGUAGAACAAAAACAAACUUCAGCAGUUGCUCUGGGAAAAACUGCUGCCAGGAUAAAAUCCCUGUGGAUCUCAAGAUCUUCAACGUGAGCAUAGGUAGCAUCGGUCCUGGCAAAGACGAAGAAGGUUCCAAAUAUGCUUUUCUGGUCGAGAGAGAGUGGUUGGUGUCCAACAUGACCGACCCACUGACCUCGCCGUACAUGGAAAAUGUUCCUGUGGUUCUGGAUUGGGGAUUGAACAAAGUUUCUCUCGAUGCGCUCGGACAGAGAAACGAUCGUGCCGACUUUACAUCCUACUAUUGUGGCCUUACCUCCGACUUGUCAUACCUGAAAUAUGAAAACUCAACCACGCAAUGUGCUUGCUACUAUGGCUAUAACGGAAAUCCUUACCUUGCAGAUGGAUGCAAAGAUAUUUCUAUGUCAUUAUAUGUUACCUCUACUCCGAGUAGUCAUGAUCUACUAGAUAUAAAUGAAAGUGGAUACCCUGCUCACUGCCAGGAACAUGUGAGAACAUUCGUGGGAGCAACACAUGCGGAUUUCAAGGAAGCAUUCAGGCCAGGUUCAUCAUUAUAG